AUGAAACUGGCAUACAUUAUUGCAGCCCUCAUCACUAGGACUGCCUCCCUAUCUUACAUGCAUGUGCCUGACAGCCUGUAUGUUUCUACCACAUCUGGUCAUAUCCAGGGUUACGUGAAUGACACCGCACCCGAUGUCCGACAGUUCCGAGGUAUCCCUUUUGCUCAACCUCCGGUGGGGGAGCUGCGAUGGAUGCCACCAGUCCCACUCCCCAAGUUAGCGGCCAGGAAAAAGAUUAACGCCACUGCAUAUGGGGCGAAUUGCCCUCAAUAUAUCUCCAGCUCACCAACUGUAUGCACGGUCAACACCCCUCAAUUCGAUACUGAGAAUAAUCUCGGUGAGGACUGCUUGAGUAUCAGUGUCUAUGCACCCCUUUCCCCUUACCGAGUCUCAAUUCUCGGGUUUCCAAAUUCAGCAGCGUUAACCGAUCAAAAUCUAGGGUUCAUGGAUCAACAGCUAGCCGUUGAAUGGACCCGUGACAACAUUGAAGCAUUCGGCGGCGAUCCUACUCGAAUGGGACUGUGGGGUCAAUCGGCCGGCGGUGCAAGUGUGGAUUGGUACAACUACGCCCACUACAAAGAUCCGAUUGUUUCCAAUCUAAUGAUGGAUUCUGGAACUGCUUUGCUACCCGGUUCAACAACUGGAACUCCAGGAAACUUCAGCUAUGUUGCAGCGCAGGUUGGAUUUGGGGGAAGGAAUUCAUCAGCGGAACUAUCAUGCAUGCGCAAAGUAAAUGCGCAGAAACUUUCCGAUGGAAUCGAUCGAGCCAUUCGGGGUCUGAUGGGGGAUAUAUCGGCUAUUAUUGGGCACACGAAGGAAGAGGGCAAUGCUUUGGCCCCUUUUCACUAUAAUGGUGUGAAUCAGACUAUAUCCAUUAGUGAGACUAUGCAAAACUUUGUCUGUCCAGGUACGGAGACGAUCCGUCUCCGGCGUACUAUCGGCCGCAAGUCGUUUCGCUACGUCUAUUCUGGUAAUUUCACCAAUGAGUCCCCUCGUGCCUGGGAGGGGGCUUAUCAUUGCACUGAGUUACCACUUCUAUUCGGUACAUACGAGCAAUAUAACGCCCCCCCCCCCACCCCCCCCGACGGAGUUGAUGCGGGCUACCUCCCGAGCAUUACAGGAUGCUUGACUUGCCUUUGUGCGGGAUGGUUCCGCUGGCCUCGAACAGAGAGGCUGGUCAAACUAUGA